GCCAGGCACGGUGGCUCAUGCCUGUAAUCCCAGCACUUUGGGAGGCCAAGGUGGGCAGAUCACCUGAGGUCAGGAGUUCGAGACCAGUCUGGCCAACACGGUGAAACCCAUCGCUACUAAAAAUACCAAAAUUAGGCACCGCUCAGUUGUCUGGCCCCACCGACCCACAGCCCAUAAUCCACCGACCCACGAAUUCCACCCGUCCCUCCCUUAUACCAUGCCUGGCUCCUGCAGUGUUGCUGCUAUGAAGAAAGUGGUUCAAAAGCUCCAGCUGGAGGCCAGGCUCAACCACGUAAAACUUUCCCAGGCAGCUACAGACUUGAAACAAUUCUCUCUGCAGAAUGCUCAACAUGAUCGUCUGCUGACUGGGAUAUCUUCAAGAACAAAUCCCUUAAGACCCCAGAAAGUCUGUUCCUUUUUGUAGUAAAAUGAAUCUUCCAAAGGUUUCCCAAACCACUUCUUAGGAUCCAGUGAAUAUUCAAGAAAGCUACAUUUGAAGCCUGUGCAAAAGCUGAUCCCUCGAACACAUGUGCCAUAAUAUACAAACUCUUACUUCCGUCAGUCCUUAACAUCUACCUCUCUGAAUUUUCAUGAAUUUCUAUUUCACAAGGGUAAUUGUUUUAUAUACACUGGCAGCAGCAUACAAUAAAACUUAGUAUGAAAAAAUAUAUAAAAAUUAACCGAGUACAGUAGCAUAUGCCUGUAAUCCCAGCUACUAGGGAGGCUGAGGCAGGAGAAUUGCUUGAACCUGGGAGGUGGAAGUUGCAGUGAGCUGAGAUUGUGCCACUGCACUCCAGCCUGGGAGACAGAGAGACUCCCUCUCAAAAAAAACAAAACAAAACAAUGUGAUGAGGGAACUUUUGGGGAAAGUUUCCACUCCUAAAAGAAACCACAGGAAGAGGUAGUUUCUCGUUUCCCUCUGGAUUUUAGGUCUACAACCGUCUCACUCUACACUACACCGCAGCCAUCACACUCUCAGCCCCAGGGUGAGGCUACUUCAGAUAGGAGAGCAGAGAGGUCUUGGACCAUUGAUGACAUCUUUGAGCUGCUGAAUCAACAGCUCUGGAACUUAGUGUACCUCUUUUCUUUCUUCUAAUAAAAUAAAUUUUCUUAUUCAAAUUGAUUUGCAGUUUGUUACUGUGAUGGUUAGUACUGAGUGUGAACUUGAUUGAACUGAAGGAUGCAAAUACUGUUCUUGGGUGUGUCUGUGAGGAUGCUGCCAACAGAGAUUCAUAUUUAAGUUAGUUGAC